CCUUGUCUGCGGGCGGUCGGGCGCCUGCUCCCAACGCGCCUGCGAGCUAGUGGAUGUCAUGGCAGGGCCUGGGAGGCCUGUGGACUAGUGAGGGUCGAUGGGCCAACAUCACUGUGGGUCAGCGCGUGACUGCGGACCAGCGGGUAUCUGAAGCUGGCAGUUCGUCGACAGAGGCCUAUGACGUGUUGCAUAUGACGUUGCAUAUGACGUGUUGCAACGGGGCCGUUCGUCAGUUCAGCUUCGCCAUGGGCGGAGCCCUUAAACAGGUAUUGGCCUUGGUGGUCAUCGGUCAGCCGCUGCUGGCCGUGGGCUUGAACUUCGGCAUGCACAGCGUCACCCUCAUCCAGGUGCCGGACGAGCCCGACGGCUUCCUCAGCGCCGAUCAGCUCAACUGGUCGAUCGCCGCCACAGCGCUGGGCGCCGUGCUGGGCGGGCUGUUGGGUGCACCGGUGGCGCCCGUGUUGGGCGUGCGGCGCCUGCUGCUGCUCGCCAUGCCGCUGUACGCGCUCGGCUCGCUGGCGGUCGGCCUCGGCGGCCACUUCGGCUGGACGCUGAGCGGUCGGUUGGUCAUGUUCGCGGCGCUCGGCAUAUCCGAGGGCGGCGUGCGUAGUUAUGUGUCCGAGAUUGUGCCGCCCACGCGCCGUGCCCUCUUCACAACCCUGUUGAACUUCAUGGUGUACCUGGGCCAGGUGCUGGCGCUGACCGUGGCGCCGCUGCUGCACUGGCAGGUGCUGUUCAUCGUGGUAGGUGUGGUGCCGGCCGCACUUUGUCUCUUCGGUCUCCUCUUCCUUCCAAACUCGGCCAAGUGGCUGCUCUCGCGCGGCCAUUCGGAGGAGGAAGCCGUGCGCUCUAUCCAGUUUUUCCGUGGUGUGCAGGAAGACGUUGCCCCCGAGAUACGAAGUAUCCACGACUCGCUGCAGCACGCGCAUGUGGACGGCGCCGCGCUGCCCGUGUGGACGCUGCUGUGUCAGCCAGGCACGUGGCGCCCGCUGCUACUGGCAUCCGUCCAGAUGGUGUUGUUUGCUUGGUGCGGCGGCUCCACGCUACUGCUCAUCACCACCUUCGUGCUGGCGCCGGUGCGGCUACCGCUAAGCGAGUACCAGCGUGCCAUGCUGCCGGCCGCGCUCUCGACGUUCGUCUGCGUCCCCGGCGGCAUCACUAUCGAGAGAUACGGCCGGCUACCGGUGCUGCGUCUGGGCGGCGCGCUCUCUGCCAUCGGCUGCGCCACGAUCGCCGCGUACUUCUUCCUCGCCGUGGAGUCUCAGGAGCGCCUCGGCUGGAUUGUGCUGGCGGGCGCAUGUCUGACGCAGGUGGCCUUUGUUGGCAUGAUCGCCAACGUCGCGUUCAACUACGUCACUGAGCUGCUGCCCAACAAGACGCGCACCUUAGGCGCAAACAUCGUCCUCGUUAUGCUGAAUUUGAGUGAAUUUAUGCUGCUAAAAAUGUACCCACUAAUCAAAGAUGGGGUUGGUCUGGGCGGAGGCUUCGUCAUCCACUCACUGGUGAGCCUGUGCCAGGUGUUGUUUGCCACAUUUUGUCUCAAGGAAACAAAGGGUCUCUCCCUUGAACAGAUUCAGCACCUGUUUCAGAACGCUGAAAAGGUAGCCGAGUUGCCACUCCACGUCGCUGAGUCACUCCCAGGUUCCAAACCAUCCAUGUCCUGCGUUGAUGCGCCGAAAUGAAAUACUGUUUCCUACUCCGGCCGCGUAUCAAUGGCCGCAGGAGCGCAUCAAUGGCCGCAGGAGCGCAUCAAUGGCCGCAGGAGCGCAUCAACGGCCGCAGGAGCGCAUCAAUGGCCGCAGGAGCGCAUCAAUGGCCGCAGGAGCGCAUCAAUGGCCGCAGGAGCGUAUCAAUGGCCGCAGGAGCGCAUCAAUGGCCGCAGGAAUUUAAAAUCGGUUUUCAAUUAUGCGGACUUCAUUGUCUUGUAACCAAACCGCAAUGGGAUGCACCUAGAAGGGACUUUUCCGGGGAGCGUUUAUCUUACAAGCUCAUGUUCAUGUUUCUACGGCGGUGGAGCGUUUACGAGAAGACUGAGAGAUUGCAUGGCUCUCAGCAACUUGAAGACGUGACGUAUGCGCCCUUGUCGAUCUCUCAUGGAAUGCUAUAUCUCGCCAAAUUUGGGAAUUCAUCGUACUUGACAGCCAUAUGCUGAAGUUCACUUCCUAAUUUGCUUCCAAACAUAAUGUGAAAUAACCGAUAGCUAACCGCACACGUCCUCGCUAGUUUGUACAGAUAUCGCAUGCCAUCUGCUCUCGUUAGUUUGUCACGUCAGUCGGUAGGAACGCGGCCAUGCCCGGGUUCUGAGGCUAAAUUCACAAAACUAUCGUGUCUAUUUCUCUGGCUGCGCAGCCAGCAGCCGACAGCUGAGCAGCCUAAAAACACUUUUAGGCGUCAUUACGCAUCGUGUUUGCACGCAGCAUAAUGUGCGUGCAAACACGGUGCGCGUACAAACACGUGUAUUUCUGGUAACAGCUAACAUAAACAGAAGUCACGAACUCGUACAUAGCAACUGAUGAAGAAGAAAAGAAACUCCAUUGGAAGCAUGCGAUUGCGCGCCCGAUUGCAUGCGAUUGCUUCAGCCGUGAAUAUCUCGUUGAAAUACAAUUCGGAAAUUGUGUGUCAUUCUUUCGUUAUUGUCAAUCCUCAUCUGUCAAUGAGGGUCCGUUCGCCUCUAAUCAACGCCACGCGAUUUAUUUUCAGAAAACGAGGCCACCUGUCAAUGGAAGAUACCUGAAAGUGCUAGCUGCAAAAACAAGACAGGCCAAAAGCUCCGUGAAAAAUGAUCGUUCCCUAAAAGCGUUUUGUUUGAAAUGAAAUAAACAGUUCUGAGAUGUUUCAGAAGGCGCUAAUGCAAACACACUUAUGCUCUAUGCAAUUUAGCAUAUUUUGUAUGGUUUGAAGCAGACUGUCUAAUUCGAAGGAACUGGCGUCUCUAAGACCCAUCGCUUGAAACUUCACAGAUAUUGUCACCACGCAUCUUGCAUUUUAAACGUCUCACAGCACAUAUCGUAAACCCCUGUAGGAGGACAGCUAGGACUGCACGGAGCGUGGAAUAAUAAUCACUGUAUGACCUUGCAGUUGGCACACCUUAAAGCAUGUCAUCAUCAUGUGGCAUACCCGGGGCACUGCUCGAUGGCCCACUGAUCGGUCCCUCCGAUCCUCGCGAAACACGCAUAGGCCGGCCUCACGACC